CCUUCGUCUCCAAGCAGCUCAGAUUAUUUCAUCAUCGAUCAGAUCAUCGAAGCCCAAAACUAUCUUCCACUGCUGACAAUGGCUCCAACGCCUGCGCAAGACGACGAUUCAGGAUUCUCUAGAAUGGAAGCCGGCCGUGUUGCUAAAGACCAAAUCUCUAAUUCCUCCAACACGCCCGUGUCCAUUGCACAGAAGGCGAUUGCGGAGUUUGUCGGAACGUAUAUUCUGAUAUUCGCCGGCUGUGGGUCGGUGGUGGCCAACAAAGUAUUCGCCGGCGCCGUCACUUUCCCCGGAAUCUGCCUGACCUGGGGACUGACCGUAAUGGCGCUUGUAUACACCGUCGGCCAUGUCUCCGGCGCCCAUUUCAACCCCGCCGUCACCCUCACCCUCGCCGCCUUCCGGCAGUUUCCCUGGAAACAGUUUGGAUUGGAUUUGCAAUUGCAGGUGUUCUUCUAUGUAAUAGCUCAGGUUUUAGGAUCGAUCCUGGCGAGUUGGACGCUGGAUUUGAUGUUCAACGUGACUGAGAAAACCUACUUCGGCACACUUCCGGCGGGAUCCGUCGGCCAAACUUUGGUGAUGGAGAUCAUCGUCUCUUUCGUGCUCAUGUUCGUCGUCUUAGGGGCCACCACCGAUGGUCGUUCUAUUGGGCAGAUGGGAGGAGUUGCGGUGGGGAUGACGGUGGCGUUGGAUGUGCUCGUGGCGGGGCAAGUCUCCGGCGCAUCUAUGAAUCCGGCGAGGAGCAUCGGUCCGGCCAUCGUAAAACACGAAUUCCGGGCACUGUGGGCCUAUAUAUUCGGCCCUGUCGCCGGAAUGAUGAUCGCCGGCCUGGUCUACAGCCUGCUCCGGCAUGAGAACGAUCCCUUUGCUGAUUUCCCCAAAUUCAAACCCUAACUCUAACCCUAAGACAGAUGAUAUAUAAUGAAUGUGACAAUGGUGUGGUGAUUAUA